CUCUAAGUGGGUGGGACGGUUGGCUACGGUUUUCUUCUGUCUUACAUGGCACUCAUCGACGCGACUGUCAUGGGCACCAGGCAUUCGCUGGUGGGCUGACUGCUGAGUUAAAAACUUGGCCUUUGGUCUGUUGGUGGGUUGUGCGGUGUGUAUGAAGUUUGCGAUGCGUAAUUGUGUGUGAGAUGUAUUUGGUUUUCAUGGUCAGGUUUGAUCCUUGCUGUAGCAGCGAAAACUUGCCGUGAAAGCCUUUUCAAUUUGGUGGGUUCCGCCUUUGUCUGCAAUGGUUUCCUUUGUUCUGUACCCUUUCGGUGGCAUCCUUACGUUCCAACUGCUGAGUUCUGUCGUGUGCCUGCUCGUGUGGGAACCAAAGGGUUGGCAUUCGAUUGACGCCAUGGCACCGCUUGUGNACAAGACGUCGGGGGCUAAUGCAGUCGAUUUUUGGUUGGCUCUAAGUGGGUGGGACGGUUGGCUACGGUUUUCUUCUGUCUUACAUGGCACUCAUCGACGCGACUGUCAUGGGCACCAGGCAUUCGCUGGUGGGCUGACUGCUGAGUUAAAAACUUGGCCUUUGGUCUGUUGGUGGGUUGUGCGGUGUGUAUGAAGUUUGCGAUGUGUAAUUGUGUGUGAGAUGUAUUUGGUUUUCACUGUCAGGUUUUGUAACGCCCUACAAACCGGCCCAAUAGCUAGCCGAUAUUUUAAAUAAACAAAUAUUGAGACUUCGA